AUGUUGGAAGCGCUGCUGCCUGCCCGGCCGCUGCUGUCGCUUGGGCUGCUGCAGCUGAUCCUGGGCUGCUGCAUGGUGGCGCUCAGCUUCGGGGCGCUGUCGCUGAGCAGCUCCCCACAGGUGAAGAACUCCUGUCCAUUCUGGGCUGGCUCCUCGGUGAUACUCUCUGGAAUCAUAGGAUUAACCACUUGGAAAAGGCCUAUGAUACUCCUGGUGAACCUCUUUGUGCUGCUGUCCGUGGUUUGUGUCCUCUUGAAUCUGGCAGGCUUUAUCCUCGGCUGCCAGGGGGCUCAGUUUGUGUCCAGCGUGCCCAGGUGUGAUCUGGUGGACUUAGGUGAAGGCAAGAUUUGCUUCUGUUGUGAAGAAUUUCAACCAGCCAAAUGCACGGACAAAGAAAAUGCCUUGAAACUCUUUCCAGUUCAGCCCUGCAGUGCUGUUCACCUUCUACUUAAGAAAGUCCUCUUCGCCCUGUGUGCCUUGAAUGCUCUGACCACCACCGUCUGCCUAGUGGCUGCAGCCCUUCGCUACCUCCAGAUAUUUGCCACCAGGAGGUCCUGCAUCGAUGAGUCCCAGCUCUCUGCAGAAGAAGUGGAGGAGCACGGACGCAUCCCGGACCCCGAGGACUUCGUGCCGCCUGUGCCUCCCCCUUCCUAUUUUGCCACAUUUUACUCGUGCACGCCCCGGAUGAACCGCAGGAUGGUUGGUCCUGAUGUCAUUCCACUGCCGCAUAUCUACGGAGCGCGGAUCAAAGGCGUGGAAGUGUUCUGUCCUCUGGACCCCCCACCUCCGUAUGAAGCUGUGGUGAGCCAGAUGGACCAGGAGCAGGGAUCCUCAUUCCAAGUGCCAGAAGGAUCAGGAGCUACUGCAAGUGCAUUGGAACCAGUCUGCGCAGAAGUGACUCAAGGUGAGGACAUUCCUAACACACCUGGAGAAGAGAACACAUUCAUAUCCACGCCCCCCUCAAACCUCGGACAUCCUGUGAGAAGCCGGAGAGCCCUCCCACCCCUGAGGACCAGAUCCAGGAGUGAUCCUGUGCUCCAUCAUUCUGAGGAUAGAGCGGCCCCAGUGCUCAGCUGUGAAGCUGCGACUCAGACUGAGCGGAGACUGGAUCUGGCUGCGGUGACUCUGAGGAGAGGCCUGAGAUCGAGAGCUUCGCGAAGCAGACCGCGGUCCUUGAUAGAUUACAGAUCGUACAUGGACACCAAGCUGCUGGUGGCGCGGUUCCUGGAGCAGUCCUCCUGCAGUAUGACCCCGGACAUCCAUGAACUUGUAGAGAACAUUAAGUCUGUGCUGAAGUCUGACGAGGAGCACAUGGAGGAAGCCAUCACAAGUGCCAGUUUCCUAGAACAGAUAAUGGCCCCGUUGCAGCCCAGCACCUCCAGGGCCCACGUGCUGCCCUCCCGGAGACAGCCUGGCCUGCUGCACCUGCGGAGCUGCGGUGACCUGAGUACCUUCGCCCCAGCGGGGAGGCCACGGGUGGAGAGGAGGCCACGGCGAGCCGAGGCUGAGCGCCCACACAGCCUCAUUGGGGUCAUCCGAGAGACUGUCCUGUGAGCCUGGAAGAUGACGGCCACUGCAAGGGGCCAGCUCCCAGCUCCCUCCUCAAUGUGCGAUUCCUCGCUGGCAGCCCAGGUGCCCCUCUGGGAACUGCUUAAAAAGAGGAGUACUCUGGGGACAUUUACUCCUGCUCUUCGGCUCCCCUUUUGCUGACCAAGGGUGAACGAGGAGGUUCUUCUGGACCCACUCAGGGUUUGGACACAUGGAAGGGGAGGGUGCGAAGGUAGUGACUCUCAGUCCUCCCGUCCUCUGUGGCGGCGUCUCGCAGCAAUCCCGAGUCACAUCCCCGUGUGGGCGGAGACUGGCCUAGGACUCUUCUCUUCGCCCUCCUCAUCCCUUCUGCCUCCCUUUGUUGUCCAGUUCUUUUUCUCUUGGAAUGACAGAGCUGCUGGGCUGCUAUUUAUAGCCAUGGAGGCCUUUCACUGCUUGUGAGAGAGGAAUUGGCAGGAAACACGGUGAUAAACCCCAAUGUGUCUGCAAUCCUCAAGCCUCGGUUUAGGAUACUCUCAAAUCACACUCUGUUUAGGAAAAACAACACUUUUUUAAGUGGUAAAUUUUAAUGAAAGCCAUUUAGGGAGACAAUGAUUAUUGAUUCCAUUUAUUCAUGCUUGCAAAACUAGAGACACCGAAGGCAGAACUGAGAAUAAACGUGUUUACUUUGGACAUCUGG